UUGAGAUGAGUUUUGCAAAAGCACAAAGAAGGUGAUGUUGAUGCCCUAUGUAAUGAUCAGAAAGGCACAUGCUAAACCCAACAUUACCAGAGUCCUUUUUUCAUCUUUUUUGAGAGUUCUUUUUCUUCAUCCCAUUCCCCACAAGUUUUGGUCCGACCUUCCUUAUCUCAUCGCAUUCAAUCCCUCUCUUUUUCAUCACUAAACUUGGUCACAUCAAGCUUUAGUCUCAUUUUUCUUCUCUUAACCAACUUGUAGGCUCUCUCUUCUCUUCUCUUCCCCACCUCAAAGAUUCCAAGGACAAUCAAAACCAAGUGACUCACCACCUGCCUAACUCACUCCUUUUAUUUCCUAUAGCAGAUCCCCCCUUCCAGCCUCCCAUUUCUCUCCCUCUAUUUAGUUUGAUCUUUGUAAUUCUACUAGAAUAGCUCUCUUCUAGCUUCUUGAAUUGGGUAUUUUAAACAAAGUCCAAUAAUGCCACCGGUUCACUCUAGUCCAUAUUUCCAAAUGGACAAUCCGGCAAUACUGUCAUUGCUCCGGCCUACACCUGGAGAGAAGCAACGAAAGUCCAGUAGUGGUGGUCUCUUGCGUAUGUUCAAGCUCUUCCCUAUGCUAACAUCAGGGUGCAAGAUGGUUGCACUAUUGGGUAGACCCCGGAAGCCUUUGCUGAAGGAUAGUGCUACAACAGGUACUAUUUUUGGCUACCGUAAAGGCAGAGUUUGCUUAGCAAUACAGGAUGAUCCUCAUUGCGUGCCAUUGUUUGUCAUUGAGCUACCAAUGCUUACCAGCUUACUUCAAAAGGAGAUGGCAUCUGAUAUUGUCAGAAUAGCGCUAGAGAGUGAGACCAAGACUCACAAGAAGAAACUGUUGGAGGAGUUUGUUUGGGCAGUGUACUGUAAUGGAAGAAAGAUGGGUUACUCGAUCAGGAGGAAACAAUUGUCUGAAGAUGAGCUUCAUGUUAUGCAGCUUUUGCGAGGUGUGUCAAUGGGUGCAGGGGUCCUUCCAGGCCCCAAUGAGAAGGAAACAGCCGAUGGGGAAUUGACGUACAUGAGAGCAAGAUUUGAGAGGGUGGUUGGAUCAAAGGACUCGGAAGCUCUAUACAUGAUUAAUCCAGAUGGUGCAGCUGGCCCGGAACUAAGUAUUUUCUUUGUAAGAGCUCAUUAGAAUUCAUGUUAUUUGUACACUUGAAAUUUUACAUGAGUGCCAUAAAACUAUUUUCUCUUUAAUGUUUUAACUUGUUCUAUGACGGAAGCAAACAGAUCACCAUUGGUCUACUAUGUCUAUGUCACAUGGUUAAAGCUAGAUACCAAACCUAAAUUAGCUGCUCUGUCACUUUCAUGGAGUUAAAGCCAAUAUCAUCUCCUAUUUCUUGCUUGAGAAUAAGAUGAAU